AUGUUCAAAGAUCAGCUCGGCAAGACCAUGGAGGUUUAUAUCGAUGACAUGCUAGUAAAGUCAACAAAGAAGGAGGAUCACAUCGGCCAUCUAAAAGAAGCAUUCGAGAUACUAAAACAGUACGGGAUGAAAUUGAAUCCUGAGAAGUGCACCUUCGGCGUAACCUCAAGAAAAUUCCUUGACUUCCUCAUGUCGAAAAGGGGAAUCAAAGUCAACCCGGAUCAAAUCAAAGCCAUCGAUGCAAUACCAGAGGGUAGACUUGCCAAAUGGGCCAUAGAAUUAAGCGAGCACGACAUAACGUACCAACCGCGAACCGCUAUUAAGUCGCAGGUGCUCGCCGACUUCGUCGCUGAUUUCAGCACAGAGAUAUUGCCCAAGGUAGAACAAGAAGCACUCUGUGCUUCUACACAUACCGACCUUUGGGUCCUCUACACUGAUGGUGCCUCUAAUUCCUCAGGAUCAGGACUGGGACUCGUCCUCGAGGUCCCUAUGGAAUUCGAUGAAUGUCGCUUCAACCAAGUACCCAGGGUACAGAAUAUUGAAGCAGAUGGCCUCGCCAAACUAGUUGCGGCCACCAGUAAUAUCAACAAAGAAAACAUGGUCGCCCUCCUUCAUUCGGCAAUAGACCACGCCGAGGAUGGAAUGCUCCCACAAGAUAAAAAAGAAGCCAAAAAACUCCGGGUACAGGCAGCCCGGUACAACCUAGUAAACGGUGAUCUCUACAAAAGAACAUUCGGUGGCCCCCAAGCCAAAUGUCUUGGACCACAUCAAACAAGAAGAGUACUAGAGGAAGUACAUGAAGGGCACUGCGGUGCCCAUACGGUAAACCGCGCCCUCAUUCGAUGCCAUAUCCGCGCUAGCUACUACAGGCCCACCAUGAAAAAAGAAGCCGCCGACUAUGUCAGGAGAUGCGAACAAUGUCGAAAGUACGCCCCUAUGAUACAUCAAGCAGAGGAACUCCUUCACUCUGUGCAUACACUCAGAUACGCAAUCAGGAGGUCAUCACCUUCAUAUGGAAAAACAUUAUAUUUCAUUUUGGCAUCCCCAAAGAAAUCAGCUGCGACAACGGACCUCAGUUCGUCGGAAAAAGAACGACUGAGUUUUUCGAAAAGUGGCGCAUCAAGCGAGUACUCUCCACGACAUACCACCCUGCCGCCAAUGGUCAAGCCUAAUCCUCCAAUAAGGGAGCCCAGUUUGAAAGGAACAUGCAACGACAAAAGCAGGCUACAAGACCUGGACGAAGUUGAAGAACGAAGAGACAUGGCCCACAUAAGAAUGGUAGCCCAGAAGCAGCAAGUAGAAAGAUACUACAACAAGAGAGCCAAG